AUGGCUAAGAAAGGAGGUGCAGAAAACUCAAAGAAAGCUGCUGGUAACGCCAAGAAGGCGGAAACUGCAAACAAAAAGAAGCAAGCUGUUUUAGAGGCAGCUGAAGCUGAAGAAGCUGAAGAAUGGUCCAAGGGAUCCAAGAAGGGAAACAAGAAGAAGGAAGAUGAGCAAUUCAAGAAAGAGGAAGCUGCGAGAAAGAAGGCAGAAAGAGAUUUGUUGUUACAAGCAGAAGAAGCAUCUUUACCAACAAAACCACAGAGUGCUAAGCAAAGAGGAGCUGCUAAGGUUGCUGCUAAGAAGACCGGAAAGAUUGAUGAUUUCUUGGACUUCAACAAGGACACUCCAGAAUUGAGUGCCAGUGGUAUUGAAAGUGCGUUGGAAGCAUUGGCAUUGACCAGUAGGGAUGGAGGGGUUGCAAGCAAGGAUAUUGAUAGACAUCCAGAAAGAAGAGUCAAGGCUGCCUUCGCAGCUUACGAGGACAAGAGGUUGCCAGAGUUGAGGAAGGAACACCCAGGUUUAAGAUUGCAACAAGUCAAGAACUUAUUGUUUAAGGAAUUCCAAAAGGCUCCAGAGAACCCAAUGAAUCAAGACACCAAUGUUAGUUACAAUGCUGAUACAGAAGCCAUUGAGAGCAAGAAGAAGGAGGUUAAGAAGGCUAGAGAAGAGAAAUUUGCUUAG